AUGCUGCAGCACCUUAGUAGUCAGCGGCCACCGAGUCUGCUAGACUUUCUCCGGCUACAUUGUCUUCAGUCGAGCUCCAAGCCGGCACUCAGAUAUUCUAACUCCAAGUCAUCGGUCACUUAUCAAGAGCUUUACAACUUCACAAGAGACUUCCAUAUAACCACCACAAACAACGGGUUUCUAAGAAAACCAGUAGUUGCUAUCAUCUUACCCAAUGGGCCACUACUCGCCGCUACAAUUGUCGCUGUAUCGAACCUAUAUAUCGCUGCGCCCAUCAACCCAGGUGCAGGCCCCGAUCAAGUAAAAGCUGAUAUUGAACUCUCGAGAGCCAAUGCCAUUAUCAGUUGGGACUCGGGGGUUUCUAACCUGCAACUUGGCCAGAAUGGCCUUGAUAUAUUUCUGGUACACGAGGUCGAAGAGCCAGAGAACCGGUUCGAAAUCCGACAAAUGACGCCCGUUUCAUUUUCACAACCUCAAACUCCUAAUGGACCUCAGGAUAUCGCGAUGGUCCUCUUCACUAGUGGAACCAGUGGCAAAAAAAAAGUUGUUCCUAUUACCGUGGGAACUAUCUUACAUGGCGUUAAGCUUGUGGUCGACUCGUGGGGUUUGACAGAUCAAGACAUCUGUCUUAAUAUGAUGCCAUUAUAUCACAUCGGUGGGAUAAUACGUAACCUCUUCGCACCAUUGUUCUCGGGUGGCUCUACUAUAUGCUGCCCAAAUUUUGACCCAAACCUGUUCUGGGAUCAGAUUGAAGAAGUACAGCCUACAUGGUACUAUGCGUCACCUACAAUGCACUCGAUGGUCUUGGAUGAGGGACGUAACAGAUUAAAGGCUUUGGAGAUAUCGCGAAUACGUCUAGUCUGUAAUGCGGCAGGCGGCCUUCUUCCAGCACUAGCUGAAAGAAUAAAGGAUACGUUUCGAUGUACUGUUCUCCCAAGCUACGGUAUGACAGAAUGCAUGCCAAUCAGCAGUCCAACCCUAUCGUAUUCUUUGGACCGCCCAGGGACUUCCGGAUUAGUCACAGGUCCCGAGCUAGUUAUCUUGGGCGGCAACGACAAUGAAGUUUCCCCUUUCCAAACCGGACGCAUAUGUCUUCGUGGGGGCCCCCUCUUUCAAGGUUAUCUCAAAGCAGAUGGGUCGCUCGAUAAAUCUGCAUUCAAUUCUCAAGGGUGGUUUGAUACUGGCGACACGGGCUACCUUGAUCAAGACGGAUAUCUCUACAUUACGGGGCGAAAUAAGGAGGUUAUUAAUCGCGGCGGUGAGAUCAUUUCGCCCUUUGAAGUGGAGGAUGCGAUUGUAGCGGCGGCGGCGCGGGCAGAUUCACCAACGUUUGGAAGGAUAUCGCAGGCAUUGGCCUUCUCUGUCCGACAUGAAACGCUUCAAGAGGCCGUUGCUAUUGUUCUCGUAACAACCCCGGGAAAGCCGAAAGUUGACCUGCGAACAUUGCAUAAGUCUUUGCGGUCAUCUCUGCAACAGGCUAAGUGGCCCGUGGUCAUCGUUUAUAUGGAUGACGUCCCAAAAAGAAACAACAAAGUCCUCCGAGUGAAACUCGCCGAGCGCCUCUAUAUCCCUUCAAUAGAUGACUACACCCCAUUCUCUCAAAGACACUAUUCGGCGCAGUGUCCUCCGACGGACACUGAGCUAUCCGUCCCUAUUCCAUCAACGCCUUGUCUCAUAACGCCGCAUACAUCAUAUGAACAGAUACAACAAUUCUUUAUGCCCUUAGGCUUCGAGAUACACAUUGACACACAGCCUAAUACCGGAGUUUUAACAGCGUACCUAGCACCAAAGUCUGGCGACGGUUAUGAGCCCGAUGAAGAGGAUAUAGAUUCGCUGACAAAAUUACUGUUCAAGAGGAUUGAUGGGUAUUUGGUCCCGCACUCAUUCAUCGCUAUGCCAAAGGCGUUCCCCCGCAAUGUCCAGGGUGGCCUCGAUAUGGUUGUUUUUGCCAAGAUGAUCAAGGAAGCACAGCUAUCGGAAACAUCAACCCUCGUCGACACAACCACGCAGAAACUUACCCAUCUGUUUGCAGAUCUUCUACAGCUUCGAAACAAGCAGGUACAGUCACACAAAGACUUUUUCGAGCUUGGUGGCGAUUCUCUGAAAGUGGGAAAACUUCUAUCUGCGAUUCGCGCCGAGUUCAGCAUCCGGGUCCCGGUCGACUACAUUUUCAAACAUGGCUCUGUCGAUCAGUUGUGCGAAUAUAUAGAGAAUGAGCUCUCAGAGCGAGAAGGGAGCGGCGUCAGAGAAGAGAGCCAGCCUCUUCUAGAUACUCAGCCGACAUACAGCUCUACCAACCCUUACCUCCUGGUGCUACAACUUGUUCCUAUCAUGAUCAUCUAUCCACUUCGACGCGCCUUUUCAUGGACCCUGUUUAUAUAUGCGUUAUUAUUCUUCCUGGGUUCCAGUACAAGCGAAAGCCUCAUAGGCAGGUUAGUGAAUGUGGUGAUAAGCACCGUUAUUGCUCGACUAGCCUCAAGUCUUGUCAUCCCCUGGUUCGGCAUAACCGCCAAAUGGCUCAUUAUCGGUCGAUACAAAGAGGGGUUAUAUCCUAUGUGGGGGCCUUACCACACUCGAUGGUGGCUAACGCAGAAAAUCAUAAUGAUAUGUGGAAAAGGAGCGUUCGGCUGGACGGAAAUGUCGAAAAUUUGGUACCACCGUCUCUUAGGUGCGAAGAUUGGGACAGGUGUUACUAUGAAAAAUGCACGACUAGGCGAGUGGGAUCUCCUGGAUAUCGGUGACAAUACGACCCUCGACGAGUGCACUGUUCGUCCUAUGGCAGGCGAGAGAAACACCAUGAUGUAUCUUGCAAAGAUCACGAUAGGAAGGAAUGCGUCGGUAGGAGUGGGCUCCACGAUUGCGCCUGGGGCUAUCGUCCCAGAUUCCACUUGCAUUGGCGCUAGAUCAUCGUCGUGGGAGCUUCAAGAUGCCAGCGAAGAGAACCGUGACCUGUCUGCCACAAAAGCCCCAAAGCCUCAUUGGGCUCUCUCGGUGUUCCUCACCCUCCCUCUCCGGGUUAUUGUCAUAUUCCUCUACAACCUCCCUUGGCUACUCGGUCUUAUCGGCCUGGUUUCAUCUGAAGCCCAGCCAAUGCGAAGCAUGUUGGUCAGAGUUAUCCACUGGUUUACACAAGGCGAACGAGUAGGAUGGUAUUAUCUCGCUCGAUCUCUACGCUCGUUCUUCGGUCCAAUCUUUGCCUUCAUUUUCGUAGUCAUCGUCAGGAAACUCCUCGCUUUCAAAUUCGGCCCCUUACAGCCGUCAGCAACAAGAGAAACAGGCAAUAUCAAACGAUGGAGAAUGACACUUAUAAAGACUCUGUGGCCAAACUCGAGCCUUUCAGAACUCACAGAUCUAUUUGGACAGCAUUAUGAGUCGACAAGCGUGGCGAUAAGGUUACUUGGCGGCACGGUCGGUCGUUAUGUGUACUGGCCUGGAACAGGUCCUAGUUUCGGUGAUUACGAGUUACUAAAUGUCGGAAACAGUGUCGUCUUCGGAUCUCGAAGCCAUCUCAUCAAUGUUGAUGCUAUUGGCUCCGACUUCAUCACGAUCAAGGACGGCGCUAUGAUUGCAGACCGCGUUAUCGCGUAUCCCGGGGUUGUUGUUGAAUCAGAGGCAACUCUCGGUAGUGGGUGCCUUACAAAACGCGGCAUAACCUACGAGCGCAACGGCAUCUACGUAGGCUCUAGAGGAGGAGACUCCGUCUUUCUUGGCACUCGCCAGCGUGAGGAGAAGCACGUCGCAACAGACUCUGAAGAUGAAGGUUUCAGGAGAUUACGGAAACGCAUUUAUCCCGGCGAGAGUCGUGUACAAAGCCUGCGUCGCCUUUGGCCCACAACCAUCAAACCGAUCUUUUCCGACAAGGGGUCCGAAAGCAACUACGAUAAUAAGAACUCACUAGGCCAUGUGACGGUAACUGGAAUUCCGGAUUCCGAGGGAUCUUCGGAUACUAUAUCCCCAUUUGGUAGAGCCUUUUAUCAGCGCAAGACACCGUAUUUUGUCUGGCGUCAAUGGAUGAUCUUCAUGUACUCAUCUCUCAGCGUCGUAUUGACUCAUGCCUACUGGACUGCCGCCUCGAUCUCGUCAAUUCAGGUCGUGGCUUCGGUUGUCGUCAACACCCCUUGGCUUGGGAACGGCCGCUGGUCCGACCCCUUCAUCUUGUUCUCGCUGUGUGCUGCCCUGCUAUCCGCUCUUAUGGCAGUGCAGAGUAUUGUGGCUCUCGGCAUUGUAAUAGCCGCUAAAUGGUUAAUUAUAGGUCGCAGACAGCCUGGGAACUACGACUGGGAUAAAAGUAGUUAUUGCCAAAGAUGGCAGCUCUUCAUGGCUAUCGAGCGAAUCCGGCGUAACUGCUUCGCUGGCCACGGUAUCCUUGGGCUCCUGACAGGAACAGCAUACAUGACCUGGUACUUCCGGGCACUAGGGGCUAAGAUCGGAAAAGAUUGUGCCUUGUUUGUCAGUGGACGGCCAAGCUUAUUGUUUACUGAACCUGAUCUACUGGAGAUGGGGGAUCGGGUGGUUGUCGAUGAUGCAAGUCUUGUUGGGCAUAUUAAUACUCGUGGAAAAUUCGAUUUGAACAGGCUGUAUGUGGGCGAUAGAUGUGUGCUGAGGACUAAUAGCCGGCUGUUGAGCGGUGCGAGGAUGGAGAAAGACAGCUGUCUCCUAGAGAACACCCUGAUCAUGGGAGGAGACAUCGUGGAACAAGGAGAGACAAUGCAGGGCUGGCCAGCCAGCAGGUUCAGAGGAGGAAGAACUCACAGUAGAUGAAGGGUGACUUUCAUAAGCACAUAUGGUUUUCAUAGCGUAUAUCUCCUAAGCGUGUUCCCUUCUAGCACGUACGAUUUAGAAUAGUUAAUUUUAAUGCUCAGAUAUUAUUAACAAGUAGAUAUGAC